GUCGAUGAUUGUUAUUACCAUUUUUUUUUAUUAGCCGUCCGAGUCAGACUUUAAACGUUAUUAAGAGGUGAAGCCGAAUCAGAUGCUAUUCUAACUUUAAACUAUGGAAACCAAAUUAUCAAGACAUGUUAGUUUUGAUGCAAAUCCUCCAGAAGUAUUUGAAACUCCUAAGGAAGAAACCGUUUUUGAACCACCAAAAUGUAAAAAUGGAAAAGAUAUUAAACCCGAAAUCUCUCGCAAAGAAACUUUAUAUGGACCACACGGAGAAACUCUUUCUCCGUCACUUACUCUAAUGUUUGAAGAACAACAAAUUAUUGCACAUCGUAUAGACAAAGUCGAAUCAAAGUUAUUUAAAAUAGACGAAAAGAUAAUGUGUUUAGAAGAGAAGCUUUUAGGAGCUGCCCCAAAAGAUCCAAAGAAGAAAAGGAAGGUUUCUUUUGGGUCUGAGACCAUUAUGGACACUGAAUGCAAAUAAAAAGUUUAUAAUAUCGUCUAAUAAGACAGUUAUUGAACUUAAAAAUAAUAAAAAUAAUCUUUUUUUUAUUAA